UGGUGUGCGCCGGAGAAGAGGACGCAACUCUUCCCUUUUUACCUCAUUUAACAACAUUUUUCUACUAAUCUGUCUCGUUUUACGCGUAUCCACCGUGCGUGCCGCCAACAGCCUGCAACAUGGACGUAUCUGUUGUUGAUACGUAGCAAAAAUAAGGAGUUAAACGCUGCCUUGUCCGCAAAGCAUCUUUAAACAUAGUGGAAAUUACGAUGCCUUCCCCGAUGGAGGGAUCUUCCAGAGAUGGUGACCUGUUUACUGUGAAACAUGAGCUCAAAAAUGCCAACCUGACGGGCCACGUGGAGCGCGUCGGCAUCGAGAACUUUGAGCUGCUAAAGGUGCUUGGGACGGGAGCCUAUGGAAAGGUGUUCUUGGUGCGUAAGGUGAGCGGCCAUGAUGCGGGGAAACUUUACGCGAUGAAGGUUUUGAAGAAGGCAACGAUCGUUCAGAAAGCCAAGACGGCGGAGCACACGAGGACGGAGAGGCAGGUCCUGGAGCACAUCCGCCAGUCGCCUUUCCUCGUCACACUGCACUACGCCUUCCAGACGGACACCAAGCUCCACCUCAUACUUGAUUACGUUAAUGGAGGAGAGCUUUUCACACAUUUAGUGCAAAGAGUUCGAUUUAAGGAGCAGGAGGUGGCGCUGUACAGUGGAGAGAUCGUACUGGCACUAGAGCAUUUACACAAGCUGGGAAUUGUGUACCGGGACCUAAAGUUAGAAAAUAUUUUAUUGGAUUCCAGUGGGCAUAUUGUCCUCACAGAUUUUGGGCUCAGUAAAGAGUUUGAUCAGAUGGAAAGGGCUUUCUCUGUGUGUGGAACCAUCGAAUACAUGGCUCCAGAAAUAGUAGAAGGAGGAGAGUCUGGGCAUGACAAGGCUGUGGACUGGUGGAGUCUGGGGGUCCUGAUGUAUGAGCUGUUGACAGGAGGUUCCCCCUUCACUGUGGACGGAGACGAGAACUCACACACAGACAUCGCCAAGAGGAUCUGUAAAAAGGACCCUCCAUUUCCCAAAGACAUGGGACCUUUGGCCAAAGACGUGAUCCAGAGACUUCUGAUCAAAGACCCAAAGACCAGGCUGGGGUCAGGGCUGAGCGGGGCUGACAAUGUCAAGAAACAUCCUUUUUACCAGAAAAUUAAUUGGGAGGACUUGGCGGCUAAGAGAGUCCCUGCUCCGUUCAAACCUGUUAUACGAGACGAGCUGGACGUCAGUAACUUUGCAGAAGAAUUCACAGAGAUGGACCCCACCUACUCCCCUGCAGCCCUGCCACAAAACUGUGACAAGAUCUUCCAGGGCUACUCGUUCAUGGCUCCUUCGAUCCUGUUUAAGAGGAACGUUGUGAUGGACGACCCCGUGGAGCUGUGUGGAGCCUCAGACCGGCCGCGCUCUGCUGCUGUCGCCCGCAGCGCCAUGAUGAAGGACUCUCCGUUCUACAUGUCAUAUGAGAUGGACCUGAAGGACGCUGCUUUGGGAGAGGGCAGUUUCUCCAUCUGCAGACGCUGCACUCACAAGAAAACAGGACAACAGUUCGCCGUCAAGAUCGUCAGCAAGAGGAUGGAGGCUCAGACACAGAGAGAAAUCGCUGCUCUGAAACUCUGUGAUGGCCACCCAAACAUCGUCAAGCUGCAUGAGCUCUACCAUGACCAGCUCCACACGUACCUGGUCCUGGAGCUGUUGGGUGGAGGAGAGCUGUUGGAGAGGAUCAGGAGGAAGCAGCACUUCAGUGAGACUGAGGCCAGUCGAAUCAUGAGGAAACUGGUGUCUGCCGUCAGCCACAUGCAUGACGUGGGAGUGGUGCACCGGGACCUAAAACCAGAGAACCUGCUCUUCACCGACGAGAGCGAGAAUUCGGAGAUCAAAAUCAUAGACUUUGGAUUUGCCCGUCUUAAACCUCCAGACAAUCAGCUGCUGAAGACGCCGUGCUUCACUCUGCAGUACGCCGCGCCAGAAAUCCUCAAGUACGACGGCUACGAUGAGUCAUGUGACCUGUGGAGCCUGGGCGUCAUUCUGUACACGAUGCUCUCAGGGCAGGUGCCGUUCCAGUGCGAGGAGAAGAGCCUGACUCACACCAGCGCAGAGGAGAUCAUGAAGAAAAUCAAACAUGGAGACUUCUCGUUCGAGGGGGAGGCCUGGAGGAACGUGUCCCAGCAGGCCAAGGACCUCAUCCAGGAGCUGUUGACAGUGGACCCAAACAAGCGUAUAAAGAUGUGUGGUUUGAGAUACAACACAUGGCUCCAGGAUGAUUCUCAGCUCUCCUCAAACCCCCUGAUGACCCCUGACAUCCUGGGCUCCUCCACUGCCUCUGUGCACACCUACGUAAAAGCAACCUUCAACGCCUUUAACAAGUGUAAACGGGAGGGCUUCCGGUUACAGACGGUGGAUAAAGCUCCUUUGGCCAAACGGCGAAAGAUGAAGAAAACGAGCACCAGCACAGAGACACGCAGCAGCUCCAGCGAGUCCACGCACUCCUCCUCCUCCUCUUCGCAGUCACAUGACAAGCACUUCCAUGACGGCGACGCACACAAUCUCCAUAGCAACAGUAACAAUAGCAACACACAGCCAGCGACACCUCUGACCACGCCCAUAAACACUCCUCUGGCGCUAAGCUCGGACGAAAAUAUACCAGCGCCCCCUGCCUUCCACUUUACAGAAGGACAAUGAACGAAGGCAGAAAGCAAAAAAGAAAAGAUAUGAGAAUAUUUUUGCGGAGUUUCGAAAAGUAGCCUGUUUUAUCCCUUUGGCUGAAUAAUUGCAUGGUAUCUGCAUGGGAACGCCAAAGCAUGCAACGAAAGCAAUGGCUGUAACCUCAAAAAUCAUCGUUAGCAAUAGCCGAUAAUUUGCUUUCUUUGUCGUAACAUCUGAAAUAUGUUUUCAGGGAGGUGUGUGCUGUCAAUGUUGUCCAAAAAUAGAGAAAAAUACACAUAAUAUACUGAUAAAAGCCCCAUUCACACAUGCAGCCUAACCUGAGAAUUUACCUGCAAUUUGUCAGAACAGGAUCAUGUGUGAACAGAGCUAGACUUACGUGUGAAUAAAGAUAGAAAAUAUCAUGGUUCCACGCUUAGUUUCCCUGGUUAUGAUCUUGCUUUCUCUGGUUACGAGCUUGAUUUCCUGGUUAUUAUCUUAGCUUCCUGGUUACAAUCUUGAUUUCCCUGAUUACGAGCUUGGUUUCCAUAGUUACAAGUGUGGUUUCAUGGUUACUGGUCCCUGGUUCCAUUCUCAUUCAAUUUAAACAAUGUUGCAGUGUGUUUCUAUGUGCGAGAAUGCAGUGAGCCUGUUUGAGUCAUUUGACAAUUUUGCAUCAGUUAUGCCAGUCAAUUUUAGUCCAGAGACUGUUAAAAAUGUGUCUGUUGCAACCAUAGUUCUCCUUCAUUUAAGUGAAGUUCACAAAGAAAGUUUGAUAAGAUUUAUUUGGAUAAAAACCUUGGUCAAAUCCCGUCUGGCUGUAAUCACAAACACAUGAAAGCAUCUGUUUUGCUCGAGCUUUUUACUAUUUAAAUGUGCUGUUAACACCAAUGCUGAGCUCAGAUUUCACUUAAAAUAAAGUAAAUAUUUAAAGAAAUAAUAAAAACCUGGGUAUACGCAGAUCACAUUUUGACGCAAAUUUGGCUCUGACUCAAAUUAGGGAUCAACAAAGCCAAAUUUCAGCAAAUUCCAGGUUAAAGCUUCAACUAAUAACUGACCCGGAAAUGCUCUGGAGCUGCGUGUGUGAACGGGGGUCCUCUGGCAUUUUACCGGGAAUCAUGUGUGAGCGGGGCUUUAUGUAACAGAUACUUUAAGGGCUGCUGCCAUCUUGUGACAUAGAGCCAAAAUGGCGUCCGCUUUGUCUGUCGUCUAAAGGGAAAAGUCGUGUGUUUACGUCAAAAAAGGAAAAUCGUAGUUAUGCAGUCUUGGGUCCACUCCUUUUAGUGGGAAGUCUGUGCAAGUUUGAGUGUAUUUAUAUGUGAAUUUUAAAGAUUUUGUUUUUUACAAUAAGCUAUAUCAAUAUUAUUAUUAUUAAUUUAUUUAUUGUCCUGAGAGAAAAGAGAAUAUGUAUCGUGUAAAGUUUAAAGUGUUUUAUUGUUUAUGUGUUGGGUUUUUGUAAGUAUUUGUCGCUGUCAUGCUUCAAUAGAAAUGCAGCUUUUAGGUUUUAAGGUCCAUUGUGUAACUUUUCUGGUGGAGGGUCCGCCACCUGCUUGCUCUGCCUCGAAUGGUCCACAUUUAUUCAAUUACAGGUGGUUUUACAGCUCAAAAAUACCUAGAAUAACAGGUAUUCUGACUUUGAGUGGGGUCGCCUCUCCACAGAUCUGACAUGUAACAUCUCUAUGGAGAAAAGCAUUUGACGGAUCCUCUAACAGAAAAGUUACGCAAUGCACCUUUAAGACUUUUGCAGCAGACUGAUACAGGCCAAUAGUUCUCCAAAUGUGGUACACAGGGUUCUUUUGGUAGUACUCAGGUAGGUUCCUCUAAUUUAUGUUUUAAU